AUGGCAAGCGGUUUUCUGGCGAUGGAUUCGUCGCCUCUGGGCCCGAUGUCACCUGUGACCUCUCAGGAUUCAGAGUGGGCUCCUCGGCCGAGCGUUCGCCGUGAAGGAACAAGCUAUGUCCUUACCUCGAUCGGAUGGCCUUGUCGCUUCACUCUUCAGUCAGACCGCCCACGGCGUAACUGCGCAGCCACGUUGACAUCUCCGGCAAUUCCCCAGGGUGGAGAGACUGGCAAGGUGCGUACAUGA